GUCAGCUAGGAGCGCAUGUCUUCUUCCUGAGCGCGUAAGAGGCGCUAAUCACCAUGAAGAGUCAAACGGAGGAGCUCAGCAGCAGCAUGUGACCGCAGGCAGCUCCGCUCCACGCCGCACCGCUCAGUCAUCGCUUCACCUGCAGGACCACACGCAGCUCAAGACUCUGAGUCCGACUGGACGACAGGAUGGACGCUGCGGAGCCGAGAGUGCAGGUCAACUCUUCAUUGGCUUCAUCAGUCAGCCGAAGAAGUUUGAGGAGUGAAGACGAGGCAGUGGUGGACAGAGGAGGAACAUGGACCCAGCAAAAAGCCAACUUUGAGCAGGAAGAUUUUGAAGGCCACAGGACUCUGUACAUUGGGGUCCAUGUCCCCUUGGGCAGUACUCGGCAUCGGAGCCAUCGCAAGCACCGUCACUAUGGCAACAAACAUUGGAGGAGGAGCAGGAACUCCCCUCUGGUGGAGGGUCGAGAGUCACCUCUUUAUGACACGCCCUCCCAAAGAGUGCAGUUCCUACUGGGGGCGGAAGAUGACGAUGAGGAGCACAUCCCUCAUGACCUCUUCACAGAAAUGGAUGAGAUCUGUGUGAAGAAUGGGGAGGAUUCAGAGUGGCGGGAAAGUGCCAGGUGGUUGAAGUUUGAAGAGGAUGUGGAGGAUGGAGGAGAAAGAUGGAGUAAACCCUACGUAGCCACACUGUCUCUGCACAGCCUGUUUGAACUGCGCAGCUGCAUCAUCAACAGCACGGUGCUGCUGGACAUGAGGGCGAAUACUAUUGAAGAGAUUGCAGAUAUGGUUUUAGAUCACCAGGAGUUAUACUCACCACUUGGAGACGAGCUCAGACAGAAAGUGCGUGAAACACUGCUCAAGAAGCACCAUCACCAGAACCAGAAGAAGCUGGCCAACCGCCUGCCGAUAGUACGUUCGAUUGCAGACAUGGGCCGACGAGCGUCUGACUUCAAUCUGGACAAAAAUGGUCAGAUGAUGGCAUCCCAAUCCCAGUUAGCAUGUCCAGAUGGAAAAGCAGAUGUUAGCAGAGAGAACAGCUCUGUGGACUUCAGCAAGAUAGACCUGCAUUUUAUGAAGAAGAUCCCGCCGGGGGCAGAGGCAUGCAACGUGUUGGUGGGAGAGCUAGAGUUUCUGAACAAGCCGGUGGUGGCGUUUGUGCGCCUGUCCCCCGCCAUGCUGCUCAACGGGCUGGCCGAAGUCCCAAUUGCCACAAGGUUCCUCUUUAUUCUAUUAGGGCCCUUUGGUAGGGCGGCUCAGUAUCACGAAAUUGGGAGGUCCAUUGCAACACUUAUGACAGACGAGGUUUUUCACGAUGUCGCCUAUAAGGCCAAAGACCGAAAUGAUCUGAUCGCCGGUAUUGAUGAAUUCCUUGAUCAAGUGACUGUCCUGCCUCCAGGAGAGUGGGAUCCAACCAUUCGUAUAGAGCCACCAAAAAAUGUCCCUUCUCAGGAAAAAAGGAAGAAAAGCAACAUAUUAUCGAAUGGUUUAGUUGAUGGGGAGGAGGAGGAAGCACAUGGCCAUGGAGGUCCAGAACUGCAGCGAACCGGAAGGCUGUUUGGUGGUCUCAUUCUUGACAUCAAGCGGAAGGUCCCCCACUAUCUGUCUGACUACACUGAUGCCAUUAACUUGCAGUGCAUCGCCUCGUUCCUCUUCCUCUACUGUGCCUGCAUGUCCCCUGUUAUCACUUUUGGGGGGCUUUUGGGCGAGGCUACAGAAGGAAGAAUAAGUGCCAUUGAGUCUCUGUUCGGAGCCUCUCUGACUGGAAUAGCGUACUCCCUGUUUGCGGGGCAGCCCCUCACCAUUCUGGGAAGCACAGGCCCUGUUCUUGUGUUUGAAAAGAUUUUGUUCAAAUUCUGCAAGGAGUAUGGGCUGUCUUACCUGUCCCUGAGAACCUGCAUCGGCCUGUGGACAGCUUUCCUCUGCCUUCUGCUGGUGGCCACGGAUGCCAGUUCCCUGGUUUGCUACAUCACCCGUUUUACAGAGGAAGCUUUCGCCUCGCUCAUCUGCAUCAUUUUCAUAUAUGAAGCGUUGGAGAAACUGACCCACCUUGGCGAACAUUUUCCUUUUAACAAGAACAACAACCUGAACAAACUCACCACGUACUCAUGUACUUGCAUUGAGCCUUCAGAUCCUACCAAUGAGACCUUGAAGUUUUGGGAGAUUAACAAUGUCACCGCCUCAGAAAUCUACUGGGAAGCCAUGGAGGCGAAGGACUGUAUUGAAAAGCAGGGCGAGUUUGUGGGCAGUGCCUGUGGCCCUCAUGGACCUUAUGUUCCCGAUGUUCUCUUCUGGUGUGUCAUCCUCUUUUUUUCCACCGUCUUCAUGUCUGCCUUCCUCAAAGAGUUCAAGUUCAGCAAUUACUUUCCCACAAAGGUGCGAUCCAUCAUCAGCGACUUUGCAGUUUUUUUCACCAUUCUCACCAUGGUUUUAGUAGACUAUGCCCUGGGUGUUCCCUCUCCAAAACUAAAGGUUCCAAGUGUAUUUAAGCCGACCAGAGAUGAUCGAGGUUGGUUCAUUAACCCGUUGGGUCCCAAUCCCUGGUGGACGGUAAUCAUAACUGUGGUUCCGGCUCUACUCUGUACCAUUCUCAUCUUCAUGGACCAACAGAUCACAGCUGUGAUCAUCAACAGGAAGGAAAACAAACUCAAGAAAGGCUGCGGAUACCACCUUGACCUGUUCAUGGUCGGGCUGAUGCUGGGCGUGUGUUCUUUGAUGGGCCUGCCGUGGUUUGUAGCGGCCACUGUCCUCUCCAUCACACAUGUGAACAGCCUGAAGCUGGAGUCUGAGUGCUCAGCUCCCGGGGAGCAGCCAAAAUUCCUGGGAAUUAGAGAACAGCGAUUCACGGGUCUCAUGAUUUUCACCCUCAUGGGCUGCUCCGUCUUCAUGACGUCAGUGCUUAAGUUCAUUCCCAUGCCAGUGUUGUAUGGGGUGUUCCUUUAUAUGGGAGCUUCUUCUCUCAGAGGCAUUCAGUUCUUCGAUCGUCUCACUUUGUUUGGCAUGCCGCCCAAGCAUCAGCCAGACUUCAUCUACUUACGACACGUUCCCCUGAGGAAGAUUCACCUCUUCACCAUCAUCCAGCUCAGCUGUCUGGUUCUGCUGUGGAUCAUCAAAACCUCCAGGGCUGCCAUCGUGUUUCCCAUGAUGGUGUUGGCUCUGGUGUUCAUCAGAAAGUUGAUGGACUGCAUCUUCACCAAGAGGGAGCUGAGCUGGCUGGAUGAUCUCAUGCCAGAAAGCAAAAAGAAGAAGCUGGAAGACGCUGAGGAGGAUGAAGAGCAGAGUAUAUUAGCAGAGGAAGAAGGGGCUGUGCAAGUGCCAUUAGGCGGAUAUAAAGGAAUUCCUGUCAUUAACAUCACAGAUGAGAUGUCAAAGGGUUCUUUUGGAAACACUUGGGAUGCCAACGGUUGAGAAACUUUUCUGGAUAUUUUUUGCAACGCUACUUGGAUCACAUUCAACCAGUCACAACCACAGUCUUUGUUUGUGUCUUGAGUCGCUCAAAAAAGCUGUAAAAGUCACUUGAACUUAACUUUUAAAGAGUUUGACAAUGUUUUUGUUUUGUUCAAAUUAAGAAGUGUUUUAAAACUUAA